GUGACACGUCAAAAUCCCCAAUAAUCCAAAAUAAUUCCAGAAUGUCGUGGCUCCAGGAUCUCGCCGGAAAGGCAGAAACGAUGCUGAACAAGCUCGAUCAAAAUGCCGCCUCCGUUCUAAAUCAAAGUCAAUCCGAUGCGCCGCUCAUAAAUGUCAAAAUUGAGAAUGAAACUCCCGUAAAAUUAGCUCGACCUGCAUCUCGAGGGUCCUUGAUGCAACUCACACCGAAGAAAACAAUUCCCGCAAAAGAAGAACUCGCCCCAGAUAUUGACAAAAAAUCAAAUUCCUCGUCGCGUCGCAGCUCUCUGACACACGAAGGCACCGUAAUCGAGAAUUCCGACGUCAGUCGAAGCAUGCAAACGAGUUUCGAGGCGCCUCCCGACACUUCGAUCCAGCUGCGUCUCGUCGAGCUGGAGGAAAUUUGCAAUAGUCUCGUUGCCGAAAAGGAAUUUCUCGUGGAACGGAACCAGCAGCUCGAAGAAGAAAAUGCCAAAAGUAUCCAGAGCAUCUCGGCACUCGAAUCAACGGUAGCGCGACACGUCAAAAACGAAGUCGAUCUGAACGAAAAACUGGAAUGGGCUCGAAAAGAGACAAAUCAAGCGAUUACGGAACUUCAACAGUAUCGAACACGCGCCCAACAAACGCUCCAAAUGAAGGAAAAACUCAUCGAGGAGAUGAAACAAGGUCGCGGCGACACAAAAGCCGACACGGAACACGAAAAUGCGGCAGAAACGACGCUAAAAAUGGAACUCGAAAACGUCAAAUCCGAAAAUCGAAGUUUGCUCGAGGAAAUUUCGCUGCUCAAUGACAAAUGUGAACAAGCCAAAGCCUAUGUGACGCGUCUCGAGACACUUUUGGAAGCCGGCAACGAAAGAGAAAAGAAGCUGAAUGAGACACAAGACGCUUUGGCGCAGUUUCGAACGAAAGUUGGGCAACUGGAGGAAGAUUUGAAGGCAAAAUUGCAAGAAACGAUCUUUUUGAAGGAAGAAAUGAUGAAGCAACGAGGCAGUGCGAUGCAAAAGUUGUCGGAAAAAGACGCGGAAAUUCUGCAGUUGAGGGCAAGGACGUCGCAGCGAGUCGUGCAAAAGACAUCGAAUGAGGCUGAGGAAAGAAUUCAUGCGUUGACGCUUAAUUUGGUGCAGAAACAGCAACAGUUGGAGUCAAUUAUUGCAGAAAGGAAUGCUUUGAGGAUACAAUUGGAAAAGUUGGAUUCCCUUCAGCAGCCCACAACUGUAAUUGAGACACGCACAUCACGCCCUCUCCGUCUCGAUGUCAACGAAACAGACGACGUCAAAGCUCGCAUUCCAAAUUUCAUGCAAGAAAAUCCCUUCGACACUCGUUUUUCGCGACGAGUGAAACGAGCUUACUCCUCUUUGGACUCUGUUGGCAUCCGAAUUGGCGUUUUUCUGCGAAUGUAUCCAUUGGCUCGCAUUUUUGUCAUUUUUUACAUUGCCUUGCUGCACUUUUGGGUGAUGUUUGUGCUCUUUUCAUCGACGCCGCCCUCAACAUAAUGGGAUUAGACUACGCGAUAAAUUGCCAAUAAAUGACCUGAAUUUGAAAUAAAUUUAUGGCUUCAUCAUCAGAUAAAAAAAAUGUGACAAAAAUAAUAUAAAAAUUUAUUGAAUUAAAAAUAAAAUAAAUUAAA